ACCAACACAUCACACAGAGCCGUGGCAGGAUGACAUAUGAUUCAGAGGCACGCGCCGGAUUAUAUUUUCAGUUAAUCCACGGGGUUAAUGAUUCCACCGCUAUUUUUAUUUUCCCAUCUUUCUUGCUUUUCCGGUGAAAACGUCGAGCAGCUACGUCGCCCUCCUCGCUCCACCCUCGAUCACUGCGGAUCCUCCUGAAUCGCACCAGAUCCACACACCUCUGCACGGGACAGUCUGAUGAACAGAGUCCCUGCACUUUACGCACGAUUUACAGCGCGAUCGACGAGCUCGGGUCAGGAUUAGUGCAGGUUUCAUGCAUGAUCUUCAACAUGGAUUAAUGAUCCCAGUCUGACUCGACCUGACGCUGCUUCCACACCAAACCCCACAAUGUAUCAGAUGUUACGGACGUCUUUACUACUGAACGCCCGGUGCUGGGAUGCCGACAGUAAGAGGUCAUACCAGGACCUGUUCGAUAAACUCGAUACCAACAAAGAUGGGAAGGUGGACGUCGCUGAAUUACGAGCGGGCCUCAAGGCGAUGGGUAUAUUCCGCCAGGGUGCUGCACAGAAAAUAGUCUCGUCUGGUGACCAAAACAAAGACGGGAGUCUGGACUUCAGCGAGUUCACCAGAUAUCUGAAAGAGCACGAGAAGAAGCUGAGGCUUACGUUCAAGAGUUUGGACAGAAACAACGAUGGGCGCAUUGAUGCCUCAGAGAUCCAGCAGAGCCUUGCAGAGCUGGGCAUGGACAUCAGCAGAGAGGAUGCACUGAAAGUCUUACAGAGUAUGGAUAUUGACGGCACCAUGAUGGUGGACUGGAAUGAGUGGAGAGAGCACUUCCUGUUAUACCCUGGCCACAACCUGGAAGAGAUAAUACGCUACUGGAAACACUCCUCGGUGCUAGACAUAGGUGACAGUCUCACCAUCCCUGAUGAAUUCACAGAAGAAGAAAAGAGCUCAGGAAACUGGUGGAAGCAGCUUUCUGCUGGUGCUGUGGCAGGGGCCAUCUCCCGCACCGGUACCGCCCCUUUGGACAGGAUGAAAGUCUUCAUGCAGGUUCACUCCUCUAAGAGCAACACCAUCAGUCUGAUAGGAGGAUUCAAACAGAUGAUAAAAGAGGGAGGUCCGACUUCACUGUGGAGGGGAAAUGGAAUCAAUGUUUUAAAGAUUGCCCCUGAGACAGCAAUCAAAUUUAUGGCUUAUGAGCAAUAUAAGAAAUUGUUAUCAUCAGAAGGCAAAAAGAUUGAGACACACAAGAGGUUUCUGGCCGGUUCUAUGGCUGGGGCCACGGCCCAGACAGCCAUCUACCCAAUGGAGGUACUGAAAACUCGACUGACUCUGAGAAAGACCGGCCAGUUUUCAGGAGUGUUUGAUUGUGCCAAGAAGAUCCUGAGGAAGGAGGGUGUCAAAGCUUUCUACAAGGGCUACAUUCCAAACUUACUGGGCAUCAUUCCCUACGCCGGGAUAGACCUCGCCGUUUAUGAGAGUCUAAAGAACACUUGGUUGUCGCGCCACGCCAAAGACUCGGCUAACCCUGGAGUUCUGGUGUUGCUGGGCUGCGGGACCAUCUCGAGCACCUGUGGCCAGCUGGCUAGCUAUCCACUCGCACUCGUACGCACACGGAUGCAGGCACAAGCGUCUCUGGAUGCAUCAGACCAGCCGUCCAUGAGUUCCCUAAUGAAGAGGAUUGUAGCCAAAGAAGGCUUUUUCGGACUCUAUCGGGGCAUCAUGCCAAACUUCAUGAAAGUAAUUCCUGCUGUCAGCAUUAGCUAUGUGGUUUACGAAUACAUGAAGACUGGCUUAGGGAUCUCCAAAUGACAGUGCAAGUAAAUACAAGAGGAACAUUUACUGUAUUUGUCAGACCUGAAAAAUGUCUGGAUUAACUCCAAGAAGACAGAUGGACAUGAAACAUACAGAGCAUGACUUCCUCAGCUGGCACAGGAGCCCAGCGGAUGGAAACCUGCAUGAAUCCCAGGGUUGUCUGUCAGUAGCUAAAGCAUUAAUUGUUUGUGGAGAGCAUGCUUUAACUCUUAUCCUACUGUGACAUAUGACACACUCAAAUUUAUACACAGUCCAAAACAAUACUUGAGAAGAAGAAAGUAUUGUACAAGAAAUAUGCAUGAAAAGUCGUCCUACUGUUAUUCUUUUAAGAGCAACCAAAAUGGUAACUGAGUGGGACAUAGUGUUUUAAGGAAAGAUUUUCUCUGGUGAAAGGUGGAGCUAAUCCCACGAGUCUACACAGCAGGAUUAAUGUCGGUUUUUAACUCAUUAGUAAAAAAUGUUGCAAUGCUAAUUUACAUAUUUAGAGGUAUUUUAACACUUUUCUAAGUUCUACCCCUGUGACAGCACCAAACAAACACAACAAAAACAAAUCAGCUGUCAGCAAAAAAUGUCUUUCCCUGAAGAAUCAUUACUACACUGGAAUACUGCGUGUGUGUAUGUGUGCGUGUGUGAGAAGAUGCAUACAUCUUGUGUCAAAAUCCCUUUAUCCACAGGCCAUGUUUUUUUCCCGCAUUAAUAAUUUCAAUGUGACUUGCAAACACUCGAUGUGAACUUUUCCACAUCAGAAGAUGUUUUUUUUAUUAUAGUUUAUAUAUAUAUUCAAAUACUGUAUGUCUGUAUAUCUGUGUACAUAUAUAUUUAUACAGUAUCUUUUUACAGUCAUGUUAAUUUAUGGGGUGUAAUGAUGGUUCUGCGACAUGGCAGCAUUUUGAAGAAAACUGAUAUUUUGCUAUUGGACUGAAAAGCUUGUGUGGAGCGUGUUUUUGUCUUGCAUCAUUUUUCAUUUCAACACAUCUAGACCCUCACACCAAAUGCACACCUAUAAUAGGUCCCUGUUACAUUUAACAGUUUCUUUCUUGUUCUGUCACCAUGGGAAGUUUUUAUUCAACAUGGUUGAUGACAAUCAAAGCUUUUUGUCUUUAUGUUUUCAAGUUACAUAAUAAGUUCCCAGGUUUUUAAGAAACUUGAUUCUCAUUGUUUUAUUGUCCUGAACAUGUGGAAACUUUGAUGGAAGGCUGAAUGUAGAACAAUGGUUCAUUAAUGUCUGGUUUGAAGAUUAUUGAGAUCGUGGACUGACUGAGGUGUUUGCACAGCGCCAUCUACUGGUUAAUAAAGACAAAACACAAGUGG